GUUUUCCCUUGUCUGUUACCAAGUCUCUCAGUAUUUAUUUCCCUGGAUUUUCAACAGGAAAAAGCUGCAAUAAUCCACACCUGUCCUGCUGGCAAAUAGGACUUCUUUUCCUACAUGCCUGCAGUUAACCAUGAAAUACAUACAUUAAUAGAACUGAAAGAAAGAAACACAUUAAUAGAUGUCUUUAAAAUAAGACAUAAAAAAUAAUGUUUUAUAAUAAUAAAUAAUAAAUACUAAUAAUAGCUGAAGGUGGUCAGUUGGGACUGAGAGAGAAUUGCUUUGCAUCCAGCUGACUUCACUCUACACUCAUGGGUUUGUAUUUGCUCAGUACAAUAAUGGUCACCUGAAAAUGUUUCUGUUCAAAAGGAACAAACCAACUACAAUGAUGUUUGUCAAUAAAAGGUGGUUUAUUCUUCAUCUAAAAUCCCUUGCUAAUUGACAGAAUUGUUCCUGGUUCUGGAGAAACACCCAUUAUCUCUCAUGGAUAUUUAUUUUAUUGUUGUUUUGGAAGUGGUCACAUUGGGCUGAUAAAUUCCUGAAGCUUUGGUUCAUGGAAGUUGAAAUGUGGUGCUGAAAUGCAAGUUACAGGAAGAAAGAUGCCCAAAAUGUCCUUUCCUUCUCCAGGUGGAAACCCAAACUGGCAGCUCUGAGGGAUUUCCCAAGGAUGUGUUCUUCCUGAAUUAAAUUGUUGUUUCUGCAGUGCCAGCUGAAGGGGAGCUGCCAGGAUUUAGGUGGUCAGGUUUUCUAGCCCUGCAUUAGGAAUUAGGAUAUCCCAAGGAUGUGUUCUUCCCAAAUUCAGUGCUGUAGUUUCUGGAGUGCCAGCUGAAGGGGAGCUGCCAGUUUUUAGGUGGUCAGGCUUUUCUAGUCCUGUAUUGGAGUGGGAGCAGCAGCACCGUGUGCCCAUCUCUGCCUCUGCAGAGAAAGCAUCCCUCCAUGUAUAAAAACGCACCUUUAUUUUUUUACAUUUGCAUAAUUCAGUAUUGCCACAUUUCCCUCCUCAUUCAGCCCUGAGAAAACCAUUUGAAAAUCCAAACUAAAAGUUAACAUUUGGCGAGGAACAUAAGGAUUCUGUGGGGUUUCCACCAACCCUUGUUGGAAGCUGUACCAUGUCCUCAGCUUAAGAGAGGCUCCAGCAGCAGAGGAGUUUUGGGGUGGAAGAUGUGAAGUCUGUGAUGUACCUUUGGGUGCUUUGCAGCCAGCCUGUACAUAAGGAACUCUGGGGAUUUGCCUGCAUGCAGCACAAGACUUUUUCCUCUAGCACGUGGCUCUGGGGAAGCUUGGUCACUGCAUUGAUCUGCUCAACCACAUCUUGGUGCUGAUUGAGCUUGGAGCCUGAGUGGGGAAGGGCAAAGCAAGCUCUGUAUCUUGAUUUUGAGUCAGUUUUUUGACCUGUCAUCAGUGUCUGGAGCUGUAAGAGAAUCUGCCUGUACACCUGUCACAAGUUUUGUUCCACUCAGACUGGACUGGUGGCUUCUCACUGAACUUACACAGCCAUGCUUGUGCCAAAAGCAAAGCUGUCCCAGGAGAGGGAGAAGUUUGCUGACGAGGACAGCAUCUUCUACGCGCUCGGAGAAUGCGGCCUCAUCUCCUUCUCUGACUACAUCUUCCUCACCACUGUCCUCUCCACUCCCCAGAGGAAUUUUGAAAUUGCCUUUAAGAUGUUUGAUCUGAACGGCGACGGCGAGGUGGACAUGGAGGAGUUUGAGCAGGUGCAGAGCAUCAUCCGCUCGCAGACCAGCAUGGGCAUGCGGCACCGGGACCGCUCCACCACCGGCAACACCCUCAAGACCGGCUUCAACUCCGCCCUCACCACCUACUUCUUCGGGGCUGACCUCAAGGGCAAGCUCACCAUCUCCCACUUCCUGGACUUCCAGCGCAAGCUGCAGCACGACAUUCUCAAACUUGAGUUCGAGCGGCACGACCCGGUGGAGGGGCGGAUCACGGAGCGGCAGUUCGGGAGCAUGCUGCUGGCCUACAGCGGGGUGCAGUCCAAGAAGCUCACUGUCAUGCUCAAGCAGCUCAAGAAGCACUUCCAGGAUGGAGAGGGGCUGACUUUUGAGGAGGUGGAGAACUUCUUCACUUUUCUGAAGAACAUCAAUGAUGUGGACACAGCUUUGAGCUUCUACCACAUGGCUGGAGCUUCUCUUGAUAAAGUGACCAUGCAGCAGGUGGCCAGGACCGUGGCCAAGGUGGAGCUGUCAGACCACGUGUGCGACGUGGUGUUCGCGCUCUUCGACUGCGACGGGAAUGGGGAGCUGAGCAACAAGGAGUUUGUUGCCAUCAUGAAGCAGCGGCUGAUGCGCGGCCUGGAGAAGCCCAAGGACAUGGGCUUCACUCGGCUCAUGAGGGCCAUGUGGAAGUGUGCCCAGGAGACAGCCUGGGACUUCACAGCUCCCAAGCAGCAGUAGCAGGGCUGGGAAGGAGCACCCCCAUUCCCUGGAUCAGCCCCUGGGCACAGCAGGCUGGCACCAGGCUCUGGAGAGCCCAGGCUGGCUGUGCCAGGAGGGUUUUGUUAGAAAUCCACACCUGCUGAAUGUGCUUGCUGCUGGCUCCUCCAUCUUGCUCUCUCUCAGGAACAAGGAAAGGACUUGCACUGGCAGCACCUCCGUGGCACGAUGUGCCCUGCUCCAGAGCUGGGCCCCAAAUCACCUUUAUUUAAUGCUAUGAAAAAUGGCACGGGGGGUUCUUUUGGUUCUCAGGCUGCUCCUGAGAAAAGCCAGGAAAUUCCUGCAUUCCCUGGAUCCCAGGCCAGGAUUGCAGCCAGCCUAAAGCUGCACCUGCUGCAGAAGGGCAGCUAAAAGCAGUGCAGCUCUCCUGCCUUGCACAAGCAGGAGCUCCCAGACUGAUUCCCUGCAUGGGGAGUUGUACUGGGAAGGGCUGGCAGGUGUGGAUUGCUGGGGGCUGACCUCUGUAAAAUUGCUUGUAAAGAUGUUCCUCCCUGCA